UUAACGUUUAGAUCGUUUGGUACGGCUGGAUUUACUUGUUCAAGGAGCGUCUCCGUCGUGUCGAUUGACGUUUUCUCGGGAAAACGCUCCGGUUUGGAUACCUCCGGACAAAAAGGGGAGUUUAGGGUUGUUUUGACGGAGUGGAGUGGUUGGUCAAAUAAGCAGAGGAAAAAAAAAGAAAUCGCGCGCCAGGAAAAACGUUGCCUGGUUUCAGUUGGAGGAAUAUCUCUCGCUCUUGUCCUGGUGCCGGGUUUGGUGCGUUUUUUGUUUUUAUUUUUUUUUUGCGCUGGUGGAAAGGAGCAGCGCAAAAAAUUUGCCAAGAAAAUCCCUUCGGGGGGAGACAAGUUGAAUGAAAGCAGCAUAAUUUGCGAGUUAUGCUCGUUUUCCUUUUUGGUGCUCGCGUGGUUGUUUCGGUGCGAUGUUGGCGUGCUAGCUAGCAAGACCGGGACCGAGAGCCGUGUUUCUUCAACCGGUUGAAGGAGGAUGUGGAGAAUUGUGCAGAUCCUUGCUGUUAUCGUUCCUGUUGGUGGAUGAAAUUUCGACCGGGUGGUUUGGAUAAAGGACAGCUGCCGCGGUGAGCAGUGGAUUGAUUCGCCAUCUUCGGCUGUUUUUUGCUGUGGCAACAACGGAAAGAAGCGAUUUGAGGGGAUAAUGUUUUAUUGAAGAUGUGAGAUUUCGGAGCAGUCUAGCUUAGAGCAAUUGGGGGAUAAAAAAUUCUGCCGUGGAACCACAUUGUUGGUUUGUUGUUUUUUGUUGGGUCGUCUCACGUUUAACACUUGGCACUGUGCAGUUUGACAAGGUUGGGAAAAGAGUUGAAAAAUUUAGAGCUGCCUCUGUGGGAUGAAAAGCCUGUUUGGUAUUCAAGUGGAAGAAUUUGGAGAAAAGUUGAAAAGCGAGGGAAAAUAUGUGCAUUGUGUGGAAGGUUGCGUUGUUUAUUGCUGCCGAUUAUUACCCUCGGCCUCGGUAAAAUGAAGUAAUGCAAAGAGCGGGUUGUUAAGUUCAGUGGAAUAUGCCAAAGUGGCGUAAAGUGCGAAUAAGUGAAGAAGCCAAUAAAGAGGGUGUCGUAAGAGAAUCAGUAAAAUGGCAAACAUCCAGCCAUCAUCAUCGUCGGUGUUCAGCUCCAUUGUUCUGGUGUUGAGUUAUGCAAAUUUUGGAUUAUCCAUUCAGCAGCAGGAUGCGUAUGCGACGCACGAGGUUUCCAGCAGCAUCGGUUCCGACGAAUUUCAGCAUCACAAUCGCUGCGAACCGAUCACGAUUCCUUUCUGCACCGACAUCGCGUACAACAAAACCAUCAUGCCGAACCUUCUCGGCCACGUCAAGCAGGAAGAGGCGGCCCUGGAAGUGCACCAGUUCAUCCCCCUGGUCAAAAUCGACUGCAGUCCGGAUCUCAAAUUCUUCCUGUGCAGUCUCUAUGCCCCAGUCUGCACCAUCAUGAGCUACCCGAUCCCACCGUGUCGGAGUCUCUGUGAGAGUGCCCGAGCCUGUGAAAGUAUCAUGCGGACAUUCGACUUUCAGUGGCCCGAGAACCUCGAGUGUUCAAAGUUUCCGGUCUACGGCAAGGAGCUCUGCGUGUCCCAAAAUAAUUCCUCCGACUCGACGCCGAUUCCACCCGAUGCUGCGGUGCACACGACCCGAGCUCAGACGAACACGCCGAGGAAAAACACUCAACCAAUAGGACCGUACCGGGAUCUCGGAUUCAUCUGCCCGGUGCAGCUCAAGGCACCGACCAUAAUGGGUUAUCAACUGACGGUCGGUGGAAAGGUCACUAAAGACUGCGGUGCACCCUGCAAUUCGAUGUUUUUCAACGAGAGCGAACGGACCGUGCUCAAGUAUUGGGUCGGAUCUUGGGCCGCCGUGUGUGUCGCCAGCUGUCUGUUUACGGUGCUCACAUUUCUGAUCGAUUCGUCGCGCUUUCGUUAUCCGGAGCGGCCAAUCGUAUUCCUGGCCAUCUGCUAUCUGAUCGUCGGCUGUGCCUACGUGGCCGGGCUUGGAGCCGGGGAUUCGGUGGCCUGUCGAGAGCCAUUCCCGCCACACAUCAAACUGGGCCGGAUGCAGAUGCUGGCCACCAUCGCACAGGGUCACCGGCAGUCCGCCUCCUGUACGGUCUUGUUCAUGGCCCUGUACUUUUGCUGCAUGGCUGCGUUCGCGUGGUGGGCCUGCCUGGCGUUGGCCUGGUUCCUGGCAGCCGGUCUCAAGUGGGGUCACGAGGCGAUCGAGAACCGGUCCCAUCUGUUCCAUCUGGUGGCGUGGGCCAUUCCGGCAGUGCAGACCAUCUUCGUGCUCGCGCUCGGAAAAGUCGAAGGUGACGUCCUGUCCGGUGUCUGUUUCGUGGGACAACUGGAUACCCACUCGCUGACCCGGUUCCUGCUGAUACCGCUGUGCGUUUAUCUUUCUUUGGGAGCGAUCUUCCUGCUGGCCGGGUUCGUAUCGCUGUUCCGGAUCCGGACCGUAAUGAAGCAUGAUGGCACCCGGACCGAUAAGCUGGAACGUUUAAUGCUGCGGAUUGGAUUCUUCAGCGGGCUGUUUAUUCUGCCCAGUUUGGGCUACGUGGGUUGUCUGUUUUACGAGUAUUACUACUUCGACGAUUGGAUGAUCCAGUGGAACAGGCAGAUGUGCAAGGUGUUCUCGAUACCAUGUCCGGCCACCAAAUAUAACGGGGACAUGGCGCCGGAGGAGGAGAAACCGAUCUUCCACAUCUUCAUGGCCAAGUACGUGUGUUCGAUGCUGGUCGGGGUCACUUCCAGCGUUUGGCUGUGGUCCGGAAAAACGGUAGUCAGUUGGAGGCAAUUCGCGGAACGGUUACAGGGCAAGGACACUCGAAGUCGGGGAGCUUACGUCUAGUAUAGAGCCGAUAAGUUAGAGCUUACCUUUCGUCAACGGACCUAGACUGCCCCGAAGACUGCCCCCGGCUGCUGAAUCCCAGAGUCCCUCCACUUACCACCAGAAAAUAGAUUUCCACUAUAUCGUAGAGUUUAAUCAGGGGCAGUUUUGGGGAUUGAGAUGGAAGGUUAGCGAUUUAGAGCAAACCAAAACCAUUAAUCGUUACUCUCGAAGUAGUUAAUCGUCGAACUUAUUAGAAUCGGAUGUAGAACUAGCUGUAUGUGAAGUAGUCGAGUAGUAUUGAAGAUUUUUGUACCGAAGGAUUACGAAACAUCAAAAAAUACUUUUAACAUGAAUCAGAAUUCAUCUCUGUGAAUAUAAUUUACAAACAGUGUCAAAUAUCACGAUAACGUUGAAUGUUUUACGGUGAACCUAAUUGUAUUAAUUUUUCAUAUUGAUGUGUCAAAUGGGAUUAUAUUUGUUUCGAUUAUAGCUGUUCUAACACUUUUGGUUAUAUCAACGAUGUGGUUUGCGCGAACAGGCAUUGAAAUCCUGAUCAUUUAACUGGGUUCGAUGUUUUCUCUUGAACUCGAACUCAUAGAAAUCAGCGCAAAAAGCAAGCUCUCUAUCAAAUAAGCUUAGUGCUAAGUCUGGGCUUAGCUUUUUCGGCUUCAAAAAUGUGUUUGCAUUCAUAGAAAAGUUUUCAAAGAAUCAAUAUAAUUUAAGGUUAUUUUUUUUAAAUUUUGUUCAAUAUAUUGGCUGCUUAACUCAUUGGCAUACAUUUUUUCCCUAACAAAUUUCCACACGUAAUUAAAACUUGUUGUAUUCAUUCAGGAUGAAAAAAAUCAUGUGAGGUGCAAUAAUUUAUAAAUUUGAAAUUUCGAUGACAGUUUGCAGUGGUCUAUUGUAACAUGUGGAAAAUCGUGCAGUCAAAGAAAAUGCGAUUAAAAUAUAUUUAUACAUAUUUUUAGUAUUUAGCAUUUAUUCAGAUUCCACCGAUAGUAGUCAGAAGUACCGAUUUUUAAAUUGACAGAGUAAUCUUAUAGAAUCUGAACCCAAACGAAUACGAGUUUCUACGUAAAACUUUCACAUGGCUUUGAAUUUUUUUUUCUGAAAAAUGUCUACUAUGAAGAUUUAAGUAAAGUUAUACAAUUCAAUUUAUGCUUGACAAUUUCUUUGAAAGUUGUCUUUGUUCAUUGAAAGGGCAAAAAGUUCUGAUGAAAAUACUCUUAGGCUACUCCUCAAUUCUCACACUUGCUUUUUUUGAGUCCUCAACAUUUUUAGAAGUGGAUUUAGAAAAAAAUAAUUUUUUUAAAGUUUUGUUCGGUGUGAAAUUCUUGCGAAGAAACCUAAAAAAAUUGCAUCAGUUCUGAACAGUAUAUUUGUUUGUGUUUUUAUCGAAAUGGCAUUUUUCGAGCAAAAAAGUGAAAAUAACUUAAAAUUCACAUGCGAAACUCUUGCGUAGAACGGUAGAUUAUGCCUCAAAAGAUUUUUGUGUGCUAAUAUAAACAUAAGUAAUUUUUUCCGAUUUUUUAAGGCCCAAAAAAAAAAUUGAAAUAUUUAUUUUGUCACUUGGAGGGGGAAAUCCAAACUUUCUAUAAAUUGAAAAAAUUGAGCAAAAACUUGCAUUCACCAAAUUUUUGCAAUCUACAUUGUACGAAAUCUUAAAAUCGAUAUAUUUUAUAUUGGAAAUUUUUAAAAAUCUCCAAUAUAAAAAGGGAUUUAAUUUCCAUUUUCUACAGUCUGUCUUUGGCUUUUUGAAAUGUAUUAAACCUGAAUUUGAAAUGUAUUUUCCUUAACCUGAAUUGAUAGUUCAUUUUAACUGAAAGGCUACGUUUAAGUUAAUAAAUUACAAAUUAAAAUUAGAUUAAAUUUGGAAGAAUUCAUCGAAUUGCCCAAUAAAAUACCUUAAACUUUACUUUUACCUUCUUCGAGAUUUUCGAAGAAAUGAAAAAAAAAUCAGAGAUUGUUGCAUCAUGUGUUUUUCAAUUUGCUAUUAAUAAAAUUUAAAAAAAAAUAAAUUUUUAACGCUUAAGAUUUGUCAUGCAAGUUGACAAAGUAGGAUACUUCAACGAUCUCCAUAUGAAAUGAAGAGCUUCUGGCAGUUUUGAUAAAAUAAGAAACAAAUAAUGUUUCAAAAAGUUUUCUUUAUUUUGAUUGAAAGAUGACAAAAAGGUCAAAAUAUUUUUUUUUUGGAAACCAUGAAUGUCCUAAUUUACAAUUUUCAACACCUAUCGAAAACUUUACCCUUCUUAACUAAUCUGAUACUUGCCUAUGCGCUUGCCUGCGCGUGACUUUUUUUUUUAAAUGAGAACAGCAAUUGAAAUAGUAGCAUAUUUACGCAAAUAACACAAGUGGACAGGUUUGGAGCCUUUAUUUUGAAUUUUAUGAGUGUUAUAAAUAGCCUAAGCUUGCCAGAUUGCCCGGUUUUAUCCGGGUUUGCCCGGAUGUUUGAUGCAAAAUUUCGAGAAAUUCCGGUCCGGCCCGGUUGCCCGGAUAUCGUGAAAAAAGUCUGGAUAUUGCCCGGGUUUUUUCACAAUUUUCACAAAGAAACAAAAAAAAAAUUUAAGAUUUUGAGUACGUUUCAGCUAAAUCGAUUAUCGGUAUGGAAAUUUUCAACGGUUGUUUCAAAUAAUUUCGCUGAUUUACUUUUAUAAACCUUUAAAUAUUUAAGUGUACCAAAAAGUUGUUGGAAGUCUGCAAUAACAUUAAUAAAAUAUUAAUUUCGAUUGAUUUUGCAUUUUUUCUUUGCUUUUGUAUAUAAUAACACCUAAAUUUGCCCGGUUUUUGCCCGGUUUUUGGAUUUGAAAAAUUGAAAUCCAUGCCCGGAUUUUGCCAGGUUUUUUUUGAAAAAAAAAAAUGCCCGAAAUCGCUAGGCCCGGAUGCUAGUGAAAAAAAUUCUGGCAACCUUAAAUUAGCCUAUCAAGGAUAAAAAAUAUUGUUUUUUUUUUUUUAAUUUCUGAUUUAUUUCGAUACGAUUUUGCUUAUUUCCUCUAAACAUUGUUCAAUAGGUACAGAAAGAUGUCUGAGAUUGAUUAAGUUUAAAACAUUAGUUAGAAUUUCUGAAUAUGAAUAAAUAACAGCAAUUCCCCAAAACUACUUUUUAUUUUUAUUAUAAAUCAAUUUUACUUUUGCAAUUUUUCUGCACACUUUCUUCAAUAUUUCACAGCUACAGAGAAAUAUCGUGAUACAAAUACCAUGGACCAAAUUCUUUUAAUCUCAAAAAUACGUUUUGUGAAAACAUGAAUCAAAAAUUUUCAUGCUUUUCCGUAAUAUUUGGAUUUUAAUUUGUAUUGCUUUAAAACAAUACUAUGCAUUAAAGGGUUAAAUUAAUAAAAAUGAUCAAAGCUAAAAACUCUUUUAAGUGUUUCAUAAAAAAAAUUGUCUAAGUAAAAAAAAUUUUUUUGCAUUACUGUUCAAUGUCCACAAGUAUUAAAUUAAGGUUGCCAGAAUUUUUCAACACGUAUCCUGGCUAGCAAAUCCGGGAAAUUUCAUACAAAAACCUGGCUUAAUCCGGGAAUUUAAUUUCAAAAUUGACGACCAAAAAUCCAGGCAAUAUCCGGGUAAAUUAAGACAAAACCAAGAAAUAGCUGAAUAGAAAUCAAGUAAAAAAAUUAAAAAAAAAAUGUUCUUCAUCAAAACGUAUCGACAGAUGUUAAAUCAUAUUUAAGGCUUCCGGAAAAGGUUUCAUGAUUAUUUUUAUAAAACUUUCUCAAAUAAUUUCGAUCUGGAGGCAUGAAUUAAAAAAAAUUUGUUACACACAAUUCGUUGUUUUUUUGUUGGAUUUAUCAAAUGAAUUGAAUUUAAUCCAAGCUAAAUCCAAGCAUUUUUCGAGGAAAUCCAGGCCCGGACUGUUCCCAAAUUUUGUAUUAAAUAUCGGGGCAAUCUGGCAACCUUAUAUUAAACCCCAUAACAAGUUUUCGGGAUCAAUGUUUUUUAGGUGAGAAAAGUCUGUACAGGAAAAUAAGGCCAUCACCUGUUGUGGGAACUUCACGAGGAAGGUAAUAAUAUACAAAAAUGCAAAAAACUAGUAAAUUGGAAUAAAUUGCACGAAAACUAUAAUACUACAAAAUUGCAUUCUAUAUGAUUACUCAAAACCUUUCAAUCAAAUAUUUUUUUAUCUUAAAAUUCAUCGAAAUCCAAAAUAUAAAAGGUGAUAAAAUCCCCAUCUUCCAAAAUUUGCGUUUUCCUUUGAAAUCAUUUGCAUUUUUGUUAAAUUUUUCAAACUUCAAAUUUUAUUUUGCCCCCCAUUCGGGGUUUUCGGGAAUUUCAAGGGGGAAAAAGACAUCGAUAUUUGUUCCGGCCUAAUUAAAUUCUCAUCCAUUUAGUGAUGGGGUUUUAUUAUGUUUUAAGUAAAUCUGAAAAAUUUUAUAUUUGCUCAAUUUUCCUAAACUUUAUUUUACCAAAAAAGGAACAACAAACCCUAGGAGUUUAAAAAAUCGAAUAAAAUGCCAAAUUGAUGUACCUUAUAGCAAUUUAUUUAAAAUCAUUCAUGAAUUUUUUUUUAAAUAUAUGGAAGGCUUUUUUUAAAUUCAACGUUAUUCGUAAUAUUUGACACCUUAUUUGGCGAUAUUAAAAGGUUCAUCAUAAUUUUCAAAAAAAAAACGGUAAAGAACGGUAUCUAUUCACUAAGAAUAAUCUCUUGAUACUCAGAGAUUUAACCAUUUCUCCAGUAGUGGAUAAAUGUUGCCAAAUGUGUUUGAUUGAAACCAACCUGUAAAAAGUGGAGAACAGUUCAGCAAUUUUCUGUUGAGCAUCCUCGAUUGUAUAAUAGCUUAUCUAUAGGUUUAUCUUGUAUAUUGUUCAUAUUUUCCUAUAUUUCUUUCUAUCAAAGUAGAUUAGAGUUUCCAUUUUUAGUCAGUCCUUGUUUAAGGUUGUGUUUAAGUGCAGAGUUAGAAUUAAAUUGACACAAACCUACACACAAAAAAAUGCAUCACUAUCUGUUCAGCUACCUUUAGUGUGGAUAGAAUUUAAGUUCAAAUGAGGUGAUCGAACUGUGUCAUAUAAGUAAUAGACUGCGAAUCAAAACUAGUUUUAAGCUUACAAUUUUUAUCUCAGAAUCGAAAUGAGAUUCAGAUGGCGUUUAAACAAGAUAAAUUCGAUUCCGAUGAUGAAAUAAAAACAAAGGUACUUAACGAAAACCUUUCCCGAUGAACAUUGCUGUUCACUAGAACCCAGAGCGAAAUUGUCCGGAUAAUUAAAAUCAAAACAUGUAAAAUUAUGCAACCGCAUCAUUAGAAUAAAUGCUAAUCGAAGCUAACGCGCUCUCUGAACUAACCGUUGUUCUCGGAUCCAUUGAUAAAAAUGCUGAAUUAAUAAAAAAAAA